AUGGGCACCCUGCGGGAUUUACAAUACGCGCUCCAGGAGAAGAUUGAGGAGCUGAGGCAGCGGGAUGCUCUCAUUGAUGAGCUGGAGCUGGAGUUGGAUCAGAAGGACGAACUGAUCCAGAAGCUGCAGAACGAGCUGGACAAGUACCGCUCGGUGAUCCGGCCGGCCACCCAGCAGGCGCAGAAGCAGAGCGCGAGCACCUUGCAGGGCGAGCCGCGCACCAAGCGGCAGGCGAUCUCCGCUGAGCCCACCGCCUUCGACAUCCAGGAUCUCAGCCAUGUGACCCUGCCGUUCUACCCUAAGAGCCCACAGUCUAAGGAUCUCAUAAAGGAAGCUAUCCUUGACAAUGACUUCAUGAAGAACUUGGAACUGUCACAGAUCCAGGAGAUUGUGGAUUGUAUGUACCCAGUGGAAUACGGCAAAGACAGUUGCAUCAUCAAAGAAGGAGAUGUGGGGUCACUGGUAUACGUCAUGGAAGAUGGGAAGGUUGAAGUUACAAAAGAAGGUGUGAAGCUGUGCACUAUGGGUCCAGGAAAAGUGUUUGGGGAGUUGGCUAUUCUUUAUAACUGUACCCGAACAGCGACCGUCAAGACUCUUGUAAAUGUGAAACUCUGGGCCAUUGAUCGACAAUGUUUUCAAACAAUAAUGAUGAGAACAGGACUCAUCAAGCAUACCGAGUAUAUGGAAUUUUUAAAAAGUGUUCCAACAUUCCAGAACCUUCCUGAGGAGAUCCUUAGUAAGCUUGCUGAUGUCCUUGAAGAGACCCACUAUGAAAAUGGAGAAUACAUUAUCAGGCAAGGUGCAAGAGGAGACACCUUCUUUAUCAUCAGCAAAGGAAAGGUAAAUGUCACUCGUGAAGAUUCCCCAAGCGAAGACCCAGUUUUUCUGCGAACUUUAGGAAAAGGAGAUUGGUUUGGAGAAAAAGCGCUGCAGGGGGAAGAUGUAAGAACAGCAAACGUAAUUGCUGCCGAAGCUGUAACCUGCCUUGUGAUCGACAGAGAAUUGAGAGGAAUUAUACUCAAAAAAGUUGUCCUUAAGGAACCACAUUUGAGGAAACUCAUCUACAACUGGAGUCCAGAUGAGAUUCUGGACUUCAAGCUACACUAUAAUAGGAUAAGACUUUUGGGGCUUUGGGAAGGGUCAUGUCAUUCCGGUACAGUUGUACGUGGUACUCGUGUUUGCACCUCUAAGAAAUUUCCAUUUUUUCGCAUCAAAAAAUCCAGAUAUGAAGCUGAAGCUGCCUUCUUCGCCAACCUGAAGUUGUCUGAUUUCAACAUCAUUGACACCCUGGGAGUUGGAGGUUUCGGACGAGUAGAACUGGUCCAAUUGAAAAGUGAAGAAUCUAAAACGUUUGCCAUGAAGAUCCUCAAGAAGCGCCAUAUUGUGGAUACCAGACAGCAGGAGCACAUCCGCUCAGAGAAGCAGAUCAUGCAGGGUGCUCAUUCCGACUUCAUCGUCAGACUAUACAGAACAUUCAAGGACAGCAAAUAUUUGUACAUGUUGAUGGAAGCUUGCCUAGGUGGGGAACUCUGGACCAUUCUCAGGGAUAGAGGUUCAUUUGAAGAUUCUACAACCAGAUUUUAUACAGCUUGUGUGGUAGAAGCUUUUGCCUAUCUGCAUUCCAAAGGAAUCAUUUACAGGGACCUCAAGCCAGAAAACCUCAUCCUUGAUCAUCGAGGUUAUGCCAAACUGGUUGAUUUUGGCUUUGCAAAGAAAAUAGGAUUUGGAAAAAAAACAUGGACUUUUUGUGGAACUCCAGAGUAUGUAGCCCCAGAGAUCAUCCUGAACAAAGGUCAUGACAUUUCAGCUGACUAUUGGUCCCUGGGAAUCCUAAUGUAUGAACUUCUGACUGGCAGCCCACCUUUCUCAGGCCCAGAUCCUAUGAAAACCUACAAUAUCAUAUUGAGGGGGAUUGAUAUGAUAGAAUUUCCAAAGAAGAUUGCCAAAAAUGCUGCUAAUUUAAUUAAAAAACUAUGCAGGGAUAAUCCAUCAGAGAGAUUAGGGAAUUUGAAAAAUGGAGUGAAAGACAUUCAAAAGCACAAAUGGUUUGAGGGUUUUAAUUGGGAAGGCUUACGAAAAGGCACCUUGACACCUCCUAUAAUACCAAGUGUUGCAUCACCUACAGACACAAGCAAUUUUGACAGUUUCCCUGAGGACAACGACGAACCACCACCUGAUGACAACUCGGGGUGGGACAUAGACUUCUAA